GUGACUAUAAAGCCAAAUACACCAGAAACUACUUUUGAAAGGGUGUUGCUUACAAGCUAGGGUUAGAGUCCCUGUUUUCUGGGAGGUGAGGAGUUUUGACUAUAUUACCUACUUCUCAGAGGUAAUGGAAAACAACAUUAAAUUUGAAAUUCAGUCGAGGAUAUUGAAGGACUCACAGGAAUAAAUAUUGUCAGCUGCUACACUAUUAAUGUUUUCUUUGUCUCUAUAUGUCAUCCCAGAUCAAGCCAUACGAUGCAUUUCAUAGAACAAUUCAAUCAGUCUCAAGUGUCAGAAUUAAUUUUGCUGGAAUUGGUCAGCUCCCAAGAGAUACAGUUUCUUCUCUUUGCACUCUUCUCAGUUACCUAUGCGAUCACUAUUUUGGGAAACCUUCUCAUUGCGGUCACAGUGUUUUAUACCCCAAACCUGAACUCCCCUAUGUACUUUCUCCUUAGAAACCUCUCCUUUGUAGACAUGACUCUUGCUUCUUUUGCCACCCCUAAGAUAAUUUUGAACUUGGUAAGAAAGCAUAAGACCAUUUCCUUUGCUGGAUGUUUCACUCAGAUCUUUCUCCUUCACUUCCUGGGUGGGGUUGAAAUGGUACUGUUGGUCUCCAUGUCGUAUGACAGAUAUGUGGCCAUUUGUAAGCCCCUACACUACACAACCAUUGUGAACAAGAGGGUGUGCGUUUUGCUAGUAGUGACCUCAUGGUUCUCAGGCCUCCUUCACUCUGGGCUUCAGGUACCACUUGUUGUGAAUUUGCCUUUCUGUGGUCCCAAUGUGGUAGAUAGCAUUUUCUGUGAUCUGCCUCUGGUUACUAAGCUUGCCUGCAUAGAUACCUAUGUUGUACAGAUAGUCAUUGUUGCCAACAGUGGAAUGAUCUCCCUGAGCUGUUUCUUUAUUUUGCUUAUCUCCUACAGUCUGAUCCUCAUUACCAUUAGGAGCCACUCUUCUGUUGGGCAGUCCAAAGCCCGUUCCACACUGACUGCCCACAUCACAAUGGUGAUUCUCUUCUUUGGCCCAUGCAUCUUUAUAUAUACCUGGCCUUUCAGCAACCACUCUGUGGAUAAGUCCCUUGCUGUGUUUUAUACCAUUGUCACCCCCAUCUUGAAUCCAAUUAUCUACACUCUGAGAAACAAAGAAAUGAAGGCUGCCAUGAAGAAACUCUGGAGUUCUUUUGUGAGUUCUAGACAGGAUACUUAGGAUAAAAAUAUAAUUUAGACAGAAACAGAAUAUUUUAAAAGCUUUUAAAGAUUUCUUAUAAACUUCAGGUUAUUGGAUCCAUGUAGAGUAAGC